AUGUCGUCCAACGUCCUCGCCGAUAAAGAUAUCAACACCUCGGCCCCAGAAGCCGGAGGAGCAAAGAUGGAUGGAAAGGCCGAUGUCAAGAGCAUGGACUAUCAUCGCCAAGUGCUGCAAAGCAAGCUCGAUCAGGGACAGGCUAAGCAAUCAUACGUCUCCCCAUCCGACAACAUCAUGAGCCCUUGCACCGCAAAGCUUAGUGCAUACCGAAACAAGCAGAUUGGAAAAGCUGUGAAGCCCAAGUCUCUCUUCGCGAAGACUUCAGCCAAGAACCUAGCUUCCGGAAACCCUUUCGCCCCUAGCAAUGUAGAGAAGAAGCUUGACGGACAAUGA